AUGAAGAUUGCCCUUGGAACACGAUCCUUCCACUUUCCCUUUUUGUGCUUAGCCUUGCUGUUUGCCUUUGGCAAUGCACAGAACUUGCCUGGCAUGGACUACAAUGGCGAUGGUGGACUGAUUGUCUUGAACGUCAACCAAAUCAACAACAACGGCAACGGUUAUGGCUAUGGCUCAGGGGGUGGCGGCGGCGGAGGAGGCGGCGGAGGUGGUGAUGUUGAUCUAGGUGAUUUCUUUGACGGUGGCGACAGUUUGGAUGAUGAUGACGAUGAUGUGGACAUCAGCGUGGUGGGAAAAGAUCCAGACGACUACUUGGGCCUUGUAUUGGAUGCACUGAAGUCCAUGAAUGAAGGUGACUCUGCUGAAGACCCUGGAGAUUCAAUGUUCACCAGGCACUUGCGUGGGCAAGCGGGCCCUGAGGCUUAG